AUGGUUUUCUGGGAGAUUACUCUGGGAACAGCUUACUUCUUGGGGCUAAAACGGACUUAUAAGCUCGCUUUGAGGAUCCAGCGUCGGAUUGUUAGUCCCAAGCAUCCCAAAAUCCGUCAAUUUCUUCAUCGGAGGACUCGUAAAAUAUUCGAUGUGGCAGUUUCGGUUCACAAGAAUAUACAGCAGAGAGACAUUGAAGUUGGUCGGAAUCUCGGAAACUGGAUUCUUCGUUGGCUCGACCGGAUGAAACCAGCUGCACAAAUCCGUACUCGACCAGAACUACCACACAACACUAACUCGAACAUGGACAAGGCAAAAAGACUAUCGGAAAUGUCCCGUCCCAAACCGCACACAAACACAACGCAGACUCCACAAAACCGUGAAUCCGAUAGACACUUGUUCUCUUCAUUGAAACACUUCCGCCACAAGCCAUUCCCAACUGUCUCUAUGAUGAUCCAACCGCAGAGGCCCAAUGGAACUAUGACUCAGUACAGACAUUACAGUAGCGGUGAAGCCUCAAGUCUGAUUCAACCGAGCUAUGUUAGAGGCGGCCGGCUCGAUGGUGUAAUCAGGAAGGAUAUUUUGGAAUGGAUGGUAAAGAGAUGA